UAGAGGAGGAUAGAGGAGGAUGUCAGGGAAGUGCACAGCUAGGAGGGUAGCAGACUGUAAGUAGGGAUGUGAUUGCAGCAAUCAGGCGGAUUGGUGCUGCACAGGUAGAAGAGGAUGUAUCGCUAAAGACAUAGAGGAGUUCCAAAAAACAAGUGUCUGGAAGAGGAGGCUGAAACAGACAAAUUAGUUAUAAUUAAUACGCAGCUGAUUUAUGUCUGAAGGAAGAUAGUUAAAUAUAUAUCAUUAACUAUUUCAUUUCUGUUAAAGUACAUCAUAUAAUGUACCAAGUGCUAUAAACUAUUGGGAGAAAUAUACGAAGUAAUAGUUCGCAGGGGCAUCGUACCCAUUGCAUAUGCACGUAUGAUAUCCUAAGGGGACAGUGACCCAGGAGGUGUGCAAUUCUCAGACAUCUGUCCCUGUUUGUUCCUGGGAGCCCAGCUUGCCUCCCUGUGUGACUCAGGAUGAAGGAUCGUAUCCGGGAGCUCCGUGCGGCAAAGGACAGUGAUGAAGAUGAGGAAGUUGCUGUCACUUUGGAUCGAGAUCGCUUUAUGGAUGAGUUUUUCGAACAGGUAGAAGAGAUCAGAGGGUUUAUCGAUAAGAUUGCUGAGAAUGUGGAGGAAGUUAAGAGAAAUCACAGCGCUAUCCUUGCGUCACCCAACCCAGAUGAGAAAACCAAGGCUGAGUUGGAGGAGUUGAUGUCGGACAUUAAAAAGACAGCCAACAAGGUCCGCUCCAAGCUGAAGAGUAUUGAACAGAGCAUUGAGCAAGAAGAAGCAUUGAAUCGCUCCUCUGCAGACCUCCGUAUAAGAAAAACCCAGCAUUCAACACUGUCACGCAAAUUUGUGGAGGUGAUGUCUGAAUACAACGCCACGCAAUCAGAUUACCGUGAACGUUGCAAGGGCCGCAUCCAGAGACAGCUUGAAAUCACUGGAAGAACCACAACCAGCGAGGAACUGGAGGACAUGCUCGAGAGUGGAAACCCAGCAAUAUUCUCUUCUGGGAUAAUCAUGGACUCCAAUAUUACGAAACAAGCACUGAACGAAAUUGAGACUCGGCACAGUGAAAUCAUUAAACUGGAGAACAGUAUCCGAGAACUGCAUGAUAUGUUCAUGGAUAUGGCAAUGCUGGUGGAGAGUCAGGGUGAGAUGAUCGACCGCAUAGAGUAUAAUGUCGAGCAUGCUGUGGAUUAUGUGGAAAGAGCCGUGUCGGAUACCAAAAAGGCUGUAAAGUACCAGAGUAAAGCUCGAAGAAAGAAGAUUAUGAUUAUUAUUUGCUGUGUAGUACUUGGUAUCGUCAUUGCUUCAACGUUUGGAGGAAUAUUUGGAUAGACCACCCAGACUUCCACGGAUUGCAUGGCAAGAGAAAUGCGGCCCACGGUGCAAGCCGCAAGAGAACUUGGGGAACUGACUGUGAAAACAUGCUUCCUGAGUGGAGAGCCCCUCUGCAUGACAACCCUGUGUGUAACCCAGCGCACGUACCCAGGAAGAGACUCAACAUUUGAUGUGGGAGGGGAAGGAAGGGGUGCAAUGAAGUAAAACCAUCAGCAAGGCAGUGGGGGGAAAAGAGAAGUCCUUCGUUGUAGUUGAGCGUUUAAGCAAUGAAUCCAACCAGGUGCUUUUAGGAAUAAUUUUAGGGUUAGGGUUCCUACAAUGCCUUUAUAUUCUAAUUUAGUGCCCAUCAGAUGCCUUCUGGAUUUAAAUUAGAUGUCUUUAACACAGCCAACUAGACAACAGUGUUGGUCCAAUGUGCCAAGCAGGGCAAGCUUUUUUUCUCUUACGAAAUCCCCCUUCUCCCUCCUGAAAAUCCUUGGGACAAUGCGCUGUACAGACUCUUGGCCUCCCCUUUGCAUGUCAGGGGUUCAGUGUUUGGUUAAACUUUUCAAGGUCGGAAACUGUUUUGUGUCAUCCUGUCCUCUACUAUACCAAUACCUCUCCUGGAGAGGGGCACAUCCUUAUGGGUUUGGGGGUUUUUUUUCAAUUUUUUUUUUUUUUAAAUAAGGUGAAUUCAUUCCCUUUUGUAAUUUUGUGAACUUUGUCUGCCUAUAUGUCUCUCUCUAAUCCACAUAUGCAACCAUGAUGUCUCAGUCUUAGAAGCUGUGGAGAUGUCACAGUGGGGCAAUGCAGCACCAUCAGUUGAGUUUGUGAUGGUAACCCAAGCCCUAAUGUGCCUUAUGGCUUGUAUCAGUCGGGAAUUAACCCUUUUAGUGCUGGGAAGGUAUUGACACCUUCACUGUUCUGAAGGGAUUAAUCACCAGCAUGCUUUGUGAGGAGAGUUUUUAUAUAUGGUGUUACUUCGUCCUGAUGUAUUUUGUCUGCACCUCUUGUGUGGCAUUUAAUAAAUGAUGUGUGUUUGAGGAGAUGCCAUUGGUCAACUCUUGCUUGAUUUUUAAAUCUCCUAUAGUCUUCCUACCUUCUAUAAGUGGCUUUGUCUAAGCUACACAAAAUAUGUAUAUGCUACAAUUACCAUUUGUUAAAUACUAAAACUUAAAUUGACAAUAAA